GGAGCUUUAUGAGCUCGUCAUUCUUCAUCGGAGCUUUAUGAGCUCGUCAUUCUUCAUCAGAGCUUGUGAGCUCGUCAUUCUUUGUGUGGAGCUUUGUGAGCUCAUCAUUCUUCAUUGGAGUUCUGUGAGCUCGUCAUUCUUUAUUGGAGUUCUCUCAUCAUGCUGUGUUGGAGCUUUUUCAGCACGUCACUCUUCAUCUAAGCUCUGUGAGCUCGUCAUGCUAUGUUUGAGCUUUGUCAGCUCGUCAUGCUAUGUUGGAGCUUUGUCAGAUCGUCAUGCUAUGUUGGAGCUUUGUCAGCUCGUCAUGCUUUGUUGGAGCUUUGUGAGCUCAUCAUGCUUUGUUGGAGCUCUGUCAGCUCGUCAUGAUCUGUUGGAGCUCUGUCAGCUCGUCAUUCUUCAACGGAGCUUUGUCAGCUCGUCAUUCUUCAACAGAGCUCUGUCAGCUCGUCAUGCUUUGUUGGAGCUUUGUGAGCUCGUCAUGCUUUGUUGGAGCUCUGUCAGCUCGUCAUUCUCUGUUAGAGCUCUAGAAGGACAAAAACCCGACACGGACUCUUCGGGACAGAUGCAAGAAAGGUGUCGGCACCUUUUUGAGAGUGUUGACCCCCUGCGGUUCAUGCUACACAUCUUUCAGCUCGACCUUGGCUCGGCAUCUCGUACUCGGCAGAUCGAGCUCGAGUUCAUCAUGCUUUUGAGCUCGGCAGCUCGUGUUGGAGUUCUGCAUCAUGCCUUUGAGCUCGGCAGCUCGUGCUUGAGUUCUGCAUCGUGCUUUCAAGCUUGGCAGCUCCUCAUGAGCUCGUCAGCUCAUGAGCUCGUGCUUGAGCAAGAUGCAGCUCCUGCUCCACAUCUUGCAGCUCGUGCUUCAGCACUUCACAACUCAUGCGCCAGCAGUUCACAGUUCGUGCUCUUGCAGACUUCGCAGCUCGCGCUACAGCAGGGAUUUUGCAACUCGUGCACCAGCAGGAAGUUCGUGGCUCAUGCUCCAGCUGGGACUUCGCAGCUCGUAGAGAUUUUCAUACUGGCAAGCUGCCUGGCUAACCAUCAUCAUAUUUUGUUAAUUGCUCGCGUCUUCCUUAACGAGCUUCAUUACAAAUUUCUUCGGUGCAUGCCACCGAGAGCUCGGAGACUGCUUUACUACUGCAGAGCUGAGCUACUCUGCCUUGCCGAGCUGGGCUGCUGUGCUGCCACCGAGUUGGACAGCCUUGCCGAGCUGGACUGCUUUGGUGCUGUCGAGCUAGGCUGCUGUGAUGGUACUGAGCUGGACUUCCUUCCGAGCUGGACCAUUGAUGAGCUGGACUGCUUUGCUGCUGCCAAGCUGGGCUGCUUUGCUGCUGUCGAUCUGGGUGACAGCUUUGUCAUUGUCGAGCUAGGAAGCUGCUUCGCCACUGCCAAGCUAGGGGACUACUUUGUCACUACCGAGCUGGGGGCUGCUUGGUCACUGCCGAGCUGGAGGAUUGCUUUGUCAUUGACGAGCUGGACUGCCUUGUCCCUGCUGAGCUGGGCGACAGCUUUGCCAAGCGAUUGCUUUGUCAUUGCCAAGCUAGGAGGCUGCUUCGUCGCUGUGGACUUGGGGGACUGCUUAGUCACUGCCGAGCUGGUCGACAACUUUGCCGAGCUGGGAAGCUGCUUCAUCUCUGCCAAGCUAGGGGACUACUUUGGCAUUGACGAGCUGGGCGGCUGCUUUGUCGCUGCCAUCAAGCUUGAGCUCGUUUUGUCUCAUCGUGGUCGCAACUUUCAUGUCAUGCUUGAUAUUGCACCAUGCGUGCCUUUAUUUCAUUAGGUAGAACCUCGAUAUUUGUGCAAAGCUAACCCCUUGUUUGUCUUCUUGUGAAUACUUCUCUUUUUGCAGGUGAAGCUUCUCUUUUUCAUAGAUGAAUAAACCCAUUUUGUAAAUUCACCAGAUCUACUUCAGCAAUUAUCUGCAACUCAAGAGAAUAAGAAAUGAGCCUUUCACAC